AUGGAGUCAUGUUCUCGCCUGACUGCAGCAGAGGGUGGAUCGAGGCUUGCCGCAACGGUUGGGGCCAAGAAUUUGAUGAUAACGGAACACACUAACUUCAUACCAACCAGUCUUCUUGUGGAGUGUGCUUUCGCUAUUCGAGGGCCCCUAUCGUCGUGUUAUCAACGAACAAUAUACGUAACGCGUCAAUCGCGAAUCGCUUGCGUCGCACACGAGCUGAAAAUUCUUACGGACUUGAAGGUGGUAGCUGUGUUGAGUUCUAAUGAUGUACAGGAUUGGUCACAAGAGUUGGAGGAAAACCAGGUCAUUGUUUGCACGUCUGCAGUUCUAAGUGGUAUACUGAAAGAAGGCUACCUAACCAUGACUCAAGUGAACGUUUUAGUAGUUGACAGCUGCCAUUUGAUAUUCCUCGAUGAACAUUUACAAUAUAUAAUGAAAUUGUACAAAGACUGCGAAGAAUUGAACAGACCCAGGAUCUUAGCUAUGACUUACCCCCUAUUUCAAUCAACGAAAGACAGCGAAUGGAACAAUACACCUAUAAACUGUGAUGAUGAAAUUGACAAAACUCCCAUUAAUGUUACAGUUGAGAAAAAUAAUGAUAGUACCAAACUAAAUGAUAAUUUAGUUCAUGCGACAGAAUGCGCUUUGGAAGAUAAUGAAGAUUCCAAUAAAGAAAAUUAUGAUCUUGGGUUUGAUGAUGUCAAUAAUUCAAAAGCAGAAAUUUUAGGUGAUACCGAAGCGGACGAAUCUACCAAAGAUAAGGAUAGUGAGAAAACAAUGUGUGUUAUUGAGCACACUAAUACAGAUUAUGAAGCGACAAUUAACGAUAGCGUAAAAAGUGCGAAAGAUAUGAGUCUUUAUAAGAACCUCGAUGAUUUUGAUAUGUAUGAGAAGCUGGAGUGGAAGAUUGAAGAGUUGGAAAGGCAGCUGUGCUGUGAGAUGGACUUGGCGGAAGAUAUCGACGGCGGCAAAAGGCUGUCACCGUCAAUAACGAAGCCGAAAGAAGUGAUAGUGGAAUUUGCCCACCAAGUCGAAGGUGUUACCGAAUCAUACAAGGAGCUGGAGUCCUUCAUGAGGACCACUAUUAUUGAUGCCAUGGAGUUUAUUAAUGAACAUAGGUAUGACCCUACGGAAAUAUACGGUGAAGAGUUGUACGAAGAAUUUAUGAAUAUACCUGACCCCACAUUGGAGCCUAAAGAGAUGCUUUACCAGUUUUUAUACGUUUUGGAUGAGCUUGGUCCUUAUGCUGCAGAUAAAGCGGCGUUUUCCCUUCUAACAAAACUGGAGAAGCUAAAAAUAAAAGUGCCAUAUGAAAGACAUUUUCUUCUGCUUUGCCUAUGCACCUCGGUUUUCGUCAAAAUAAGAUGCUACGCUGACCUAGUAUUCGAAAAAUGCGAAACAGAUUGGAAAAAGUUAUCCUCAUUCUCAACUCCAAAAGUCCUGCGAUUUGCGUCAAUUUUAGAACAAUUUCAACCAGAAAAUAAAGAUAACUUAGAAAUUGUUGAACAAAGUAUUAAAUGUGUGAGUGAAGAGCAUAAUGAUGAUAAAGAUGCUAUUAAUACUAAGACGUGUGAUCCACAAAUUACUCAAAAUAAUGAUAAUACAAUGAUUGAUAAAAACUUUCCUGAAAAAAGACUAAAGAGAUCAAGAACAACAGAAUUGUUAGACGAAAUUAAUAAAUGUGAUUUUAAUGCACUAGGGAAUAAGAUUGAAGACAAUGUUAAUAUAAUAGAGUCCAAUUUGAAGGAGUUUGACGAAUCUAAUCACACUUCUGAAAUUCGCCUUGAGAGAAAUAUGGAAAGUGCUGCCAAAAAUAUUUCUGAAGAAUGCGAAAUAAAUACUGGUUAUAUUGUAAAUAUAACAGUUGAUAAAGAUGAUACAAUCACAGUCCAUAACAUAAGUGAUAAUUGUAAGUCAAAUGAUAGAAUUACUAACACUGUAAAUGAAACUGUUGAAGAAAAUAAAAUUGAUGUUAAGACAGAUCAACCAGUACUCAUUUAUAAUGAUAAUUCUACAUGUAAUAAUGUCAUAACGACUACUGAAGUGAAUCCCAAUGACAGGGAGGUAAGAAAUAUUAUAGAAUCUUUUGAACUUAUACGAAAUAGUGAUGUAAUCGUAAAUGAAAGUAACAGUGAUACAAGUAAAGACAGUGAAAUAGUCCUCCAAAAGGAUAAUGAAGUUAGGAAUAGUAAUAAUAUAGUGACAGAUUUGAUAAACAGUGACUUACUAGAUAAUGAGGCAGUUUCGAAAAAUAAUUGUACUAGUGUUGAAAACGACUGCGAGAAAAAAGCUUGUGUUCAAGGAUCCAGUGGCUUAACACAUAUAGGUGAAAAAAAUAACAGCGAAUUAAUUGUAGAAGAAGUGAAAAAAGACAGUUUAGAACCAGUUUUAGACGAGAGUGUAAUAGAGGUGAAAAAUAACAGUGAUAUAACGGAAGUGAAAAGUAGCGAUGCAGAGCAAAGAGUGUACAAACGUGGCAGAGGCAGAGGAAGAGGAAGAAAGCACAAUGUCAAAACACAACCUCAAACGAAUGAUUCCCUCUGUGGAAUUGUUUUUAUGAAGGAACCCCUGAUGGCCAAGAUCAUGUUUAUGAUGAUUGUGGACAUGUCUCGCUCGCGCCCGUCUCUCUCUCAUCUUUGUGCACAGUACUGCGCCGUGGAAAGUGUUGAGGAACCAAAAGAGAGUCAGCGCCAAGGCAGGAAGCAAGAGGACGUGCUCAAGAAGUUUCGUAUGCAUGAAUGUAAUUUGCUGCUGGCAACAUCGGCGCUAGAAGAGGGUAUAGAUCUACCUAGGUGCAACCUCGUUGUGAGAUGGGACGUGCCUCAGUCAUAUCGUUCAUAUGGCCUCUGCAGAAGUAGGGCUAGGGCUUCCAAGUCUUCCGUAGCGUUAUUAGCGAACGCCGAGAAGCACAGCUGUCUCCUGAUACACAAUUUGGCCAUUUAUAAGGAGCUUGAUCAGAUAGUAACAAGAAAAUGUGGUUGUGGUAUACAAAAUGAACCUCCACAAGAGGAAGAGUUUGCAGCUGAUGUCUACACACCCUGUAUUAAAGCGUAUAGUCCAAUAAACACAUGUGAAUCCAUAAACAAACGUAUACUUGACAAAAUACGCGAUGUUAACGAAUCUGUUUGUGGUAUAAGAGAUAAGAGUAGUGAAAUACAUAAUGUUAAUUUAGAGGAAUUUAAUAAAAACCAAAAUGGAGACAUAUUAUAUAAUAAUGUAGUAACAGCUGAAGGUACAUCUGUUGAAGAAUUAAGGGAGGUAAAUAUUAUUGACGAAAGACAAACAAAUGAAUAUAAUCAAUUGAAUAGGGAAUUGCUUGAUAAUAUAGUAGAAAAUACAGAAGAGCUUAGUAGUGUAAGUAAGGAAAUGGUCCACACGGUAAAUGAUUUGGGAAAUAAUCACAAACAAGAUUCAACAAAACAUGUUAAAGAAUUAAAAACUGUCGAAGAUAGUAAAAUACCAAACGAUGAAAAAAAUCAGUUUCAAGCUGUCGAAAAUGAAAACGUAAAUGAAAUUGAAGAUGUCAAAAACAGCGAAAUAAUUGAAUUUAAAAGUGACGAAGAAAUUGGAUUACCUAAUUCGAGUAAGAAGUAUAAAGAUAUGCAUGGUGCUCAAAAUGUUAAAGAUAAUAAAAGUGAGUGUAGAACUAUAAGUGACAGCAAGAACUAUAGUUUAGAUUUCAGAGAACUAAGUGAUUCAAAAGUGAGUGACAUAGUGGGGAAAGGGGAAAAAGUGAGCGAGAGAGAAAUGAAAGUCGAGUACGACGUAAAAAAGUGUGAAGAAAGUUUUGCGAGUGUCGACUUGAAUAGCGCAAUCGCGUUGAUAAAUAGGUAUUGCGGAAAACUACCCUCUGAUACAUUCACGCGUCUAGCGCCGCAAUGGUGGAUCGAGGAAGUGCAACUACCCGCCAAUGGCGAAUUGAAACCGGCAUACAUUUGCACGCUUCGUAUGCCAUUGAAUUGUCCCGUCAAAUAUAAUAUAGUGGGUCACCCGAUGCCCACUCGUGUGCUGGCGCGGCGGAUGGUUGCGUUGCAGGCCUGCAGAAUAUUGCAUAAGUCGGGAGAACUAGAUGACCAGCUGAUGCCUAUAGGUAAGGAGAACUUCAAAGCUGCCGACAUGGACGCCAACCUCCACCCAGAGGUCACAGACGUCAACGAUUCGGCGAGACCUGGUACCACAAAGCGGCGCCAAUAUUAUUAUAAACGCACAGCGUGGACCUUCACCGAUUGUCAGCCCAUUAUCGACACCAGUGACGAUGAGAUCGAAGCGAACCCUACACCUAAGUGUAAACCCAACUAUCCUUCUGGUACCAAACGGAAUAUGCUCUACGCGAUAAUGUCGAACCUAUGGUGCGCGUUGCCCGAGCGGUACAACACGAGGGGGAGGAAACUGCACUUGCCCCAGCACGCCACUCAGGCCAUUGGGAUCCUGGUCGCCAGAUGCGAGCCUACCAAAUUGCAGAUACCUGCGUUCCCAGUGUAUACGAGGUCAGGGGAGGUGCGGGUCAGUGUGGAGCCGGCUUUAAGCGCGGAUGUGCGCCUGUCACCGCGACGUGCGAAACUAAUACGACGUUUCAUGCGUUUCGUCUUUUCGGAUGUGCUGCGCGUGCGCCGACGCGGUAUGAAGCUACAAACAGAAGGAUCUACCCAGAACAACUACUAUGUAGUGCCGACUGUUAAAAAAACGACACCAGAAGGUAGCACAAUAGUUGAUAUAGACUGGGCGUUCCUCGAACUCAUCUACUCAUAUACAGAAGAGAAGAAGAUACAAGAACAAGAGAACCCGGCGAUGUGGCAGAAGAAGGACAGCGAGCAGAAGUUGGACAAUCCCCUGCUGAGGCCAGGGGAGGUGUUUGUCUUCGACCCGGAGAAGUACAGCGAGGCUGUGGUCACCCCGUGGUACAGGAACCAGGAUCAACCGCAGUUCUUCCUAGUGGCGGAGAUUUGUUGGCACCUCACCCCGGACUCGGCGUUUCCCUCGGAGCAGCACGCGACCUUCCGUUCCUACUACAAGGGGAAGUACGGCGCCGAUUUGACCCAGACGGACCAGCCGCUGCUAGACGUGGACCACACCAGCGCCAGACUCAAUUUGCUUACUCCAAGAUACGUGAAUAGAAAGGGCGUAGCCCUGCCCGUCUCUUCGGAGCGCACGCGCCGCGCGAAACGCGACCGUCUCGACCAGAAGCAGAUUAUGGUCCCCGAACUGUGCAAAGUUCAUCCCUUCGCAGCGCCGCUCUGGUUUGCGACGGUGGCGCUACCUUGCGUAUUGUAUCGGAUAAAUGCUCUACUGAUAGCCGACGAAAUUAGACGCGCCGUAGCCAUCGACGUGGGUCUCGGCAUACCCAGGAUAGAUAACGAAACCUGCCCCGGAUUCACGUGGCCCGCCCUGGACUUUGGAUGGAGUUUGUCCGAGGUUCUCAGUGCUGACUCAGAAAAACUCGACAAGAAGAGGGAGUUAGAUGACUUAGUUAAGGGUGAAGAGUUGGAAAAGGAACAAAGGGAUAAAGAGGAACAAGAGAAUGAAGAUAAGGCAGAAGACGCUCAAGAGCCAAAAGAGAAGACGAUCAAUGAUAUAUUGCAAGAGAAGGAAGAAGCGGAAAGCGGCUUCGAGAUCGGCACUUGGAGUAACGAAAUGGCGUCCUCCAUACCACAGAGUAUAGACUACGACGAGUUUAUGGAACCCCUGCCUCCAAAUCUCACCUUUUGCACUUCGGCUACAGGUGGUGCAAACUGGUCCGAGCCGAUAAACAAGCCGAAGAGCUACACCCCGGGGCGCAAAUUCUCAAUGGCGGACAGUGAUUGUUCUUACCUGUCCAGUGAUUUCGACACUGACGACUCCGAUUUCAACUCGGAAGGCAGCGAUGAAGAUUCCGAAGGUUUCUGCAGCAGUAAGAACACCAAUGCUGCAAUGGGCGUUCGAAUCGAAUAUAAAACGGCGCACGAGGCGGAAGCGGUGGACGUCGAGAGGCGAAAGCCAGUUGCGCCUGCGCCGAUUCCCGACCGUAAUGACGAUUUGAAAGAUCUAGCAGCCUAUAAGUCGAUCAUGAGGGAUGGAACACCACCAGAAGAGCAUGUAAUAAAUUUCAGAAACUCUGUUAAACUACACGAGAAGGAAAUAAUGGAAGACGGUCAUUUGAUUAACAAAAAUGAACCUGUUAAAGACUUAUUACCUGAAGGUAAAGAAAUUGACGUUAUCUGUGGUAAUAGCAAAACUAGUGCUGAAGUAACUAUGAUUGAUAAUAUAAUUAAACAAGAAGGCGAAGAUUUGAACAAAGAUAAUGAAAAAACAUUACAUAAUACACAUAGCGUAGGUGAUUAUGCACAUGUGAAACAUAAAGAAAAAAUUGAUAACGUUAUAGCAAGAUACGAAGAAAAUAAUUUGGUACUUGAUGAACCAAUUGUUAAAGUUGAUAGGAUAGUUACAAACAAUGAAAUUAUAACUCGAGAUGUUAAACAAAUAAACGAGUUUGAUAGAGUACAUCAAACGUCAAAAACAGACACUUUGGAAGACGUGUCAAAUAGUAUUAAAAGCGAAGAAAAUAAUUUUAAUAAACUAGAGACUAUAACAGAUAAAGCGAUAGAUGAUAGAAUAUCAGAACUCUUUCCAUACCUCAACGGGGUAGAAGUAGUCAACGGGCAGGUAACGCUAGAAGCAAUAGAGAGAAACAAGCGGAAACUCCUUGCUGAGUUGCGAGUAUCUCUGACAGAAGAAGACAUUAAAAAGUUAAAUUGUUUCUCUAUGGUUGAUAUAGAUAUAGACUCUGCGGAUUAUGUAAACGAAAAAGUUGCCAAUGUGGGUUUCGACGCUAGAGAGAGAUAUGAAGAUCUGGUUAAAAAAUGGGGUGAUUCAAGCGAUUUGAGACCUUAUUACCUAGAUAGUAAGGGGCAGAGUGGGGGUGAUUUCGAUUUUGAUUACCAGCCCAGUUUGGAGGGACAUCCGGGACCGAGUCCUAGUGUUAUUUUGCAGGCCUUAACCAUGUCCAACGCGAACGACGGAAUAAACCUGGAACGCCUGGAGACGAUCGGAGACAGUUUCCUCAAGUUUGCGAUCACCGCGUAUCUGUACUGCGCACACCCCGCCGUGCACGAGGGGAAACUGUCGCACAUGCGCAGUAAGCAGGUAUCGAACCUUAACCUGUAUCGUCUCGGGCGAAACAAGCGGCUGGGCGCGCGGAUGAUCGCGUCGAAAUUCGAACCCCACGACAACUGGUUGCCUCCUUGCCAUAAGCCACCACCCACCUUACAACCGGGAAUCAGUAACGAUCAAGAAGACUCCGAGAAGAGAGUGCCGCAGGAUAAUACAGGAUGUUUCAUUCCGUACAACCUAAUAACUCAACAUAGCAUUCCAGACAAAUCGAUAGCAGAUUGCGUCGAAGCCCUCAUUGGGGCUUACCUUUUGGAGUGUGGUCCCCGCGGGGCCCUACUAUUCAUGUCCUGGCUCGGGAUACGCGUAUUGCCAUGUCAUCUUAUAGAAUUACCCGAGGACCAUCCCUAUGUUGCACGGCAGAGUAGAAAGGAGGCUAGCAACACCGAAGAGAAAACACCCCAAAAAACGUACGAGCCACUCUCGAGCGAUACGGAAAGCUGCUGUUCAUCCGACGAGGAAUCAACACCAGACGUGCAGCCUCCGCCCGAAGACUGGAGCUGGCCUGGUAGGGCCGUGGGGUCGCUCAGACCCUAUAGAGAUGGCGAUGCGAAGUGGGUUCAGCCCGUUUUCGGUGCCCUCAAAGCCCCACCAUCACCUUUAUUGAGAUACAUCGAAGACCCAGAAGGGGAAUUGGAAAUUAUGUUAUCGGGCUACGAAGAGCUGGAACGCACCCUCCAGUACAGGUUCCGCGACAGAUCGCUGCUGCUGCAGGCGCUCACUCACGCGUCGCACCAGAAAAAUCGACUGACCGACUGCUAUCAACGUCUCGAGUUUUUGGGAGACGCAAUAUUGGAUUAUCUAAUCACUCGUCACCUAUACGAAGACCCGCGGCGUCACUCACCCGGCGCGUUGACAGAUCUUCGUUCGGCGCUCGUCAACAACACGAUAUUCGCUACUCUGGCGGCUAGGCAUGGAUUCCAUAAAUACUUCCGUCACAUGUCGCCGGGUCUUAAUGAAGUUCUAACGAAAUAUGUGAAAAUUCAAGAGGAGAACGGCCAUUCAAUAAGCGAAGAGCAUUACCUGAUCCAAGAGGACGAGAUGGAGCAAGCGGAGGACGUGGAAGUGCCGAAAGCCCUCGGAGACCUCUUCGAGUCUGUUGCAGGCGCCAUAUUUCUCGACUCUGGUAUGUCUCUCGGCGCGGUGUGGCGUUCCUACGCGCGUCUCAUGAUGGCGGAACUGGAAGCCUUCAGUGCAGCAGCGCCCAAGUCUCCGGUCAGGGAACUGCUGGAAGCCGAGCCCGACACAGCCAAGUUUGGGAAGCCGGAACGGCUCGCGGACGGGCGGCGCGUGCGCGUAUGCGUAGAAGUGUUCGGGCGCGGCACCUUCAAAGGCAUCGGUAGGAACUACCGAAUCGCCAAGGGCACGGCAGCAAGAUGCGCCCUCAGGCAUCUGAAGAUACACCGCGCAAGGUAG